AUGGCAGCAGCAAAUAACAAAGCGCAAUGUUUUGUGUGUAACAAAGAAAAAAAUACUUACAAUUGUAAAGGAUGUACAAAUGAGUUCUGUUUUCCUCAUUUAACAGAACAUCGACAACGAAUCGAGAUACAAUUAGAAGCAAUUAUUAAUGAUCACGACCAAUUUCAACAAACAAUUAUUCAACAAAAACAAAAUCCACUAAAUUCUUCUUUAAUUCAACAAAUUAAUCAAUGGGAAACAAAUUCAAUUCAUCAAAUCCAACAAACAGCAGAAGAAUGUCGAGAAAAAGUCAUGAAAUCAACACAAAAGUUGAUCGAUGAUGUGCAAAAAAAGUUUAUUGAAUUAUCUCAGAAAUUAAAAGAAAUUCGUGAAGAAAAUGAAUAUAAUGAAAUUGAUUUAAAUAAUUGUCAAUUAAAAUUAAAACAAAUUACAGAAGAAUUUCUACAGCCAUCAAAUAUUUCUAUUCGGCAAGAUUUACAAGAAUUUAUCAAGAAAAUUUCUGUUAUUUCAUCGUUUGAUUCUUAUCAAUCAAAUCGGUCUGCAAUUAGUACCGCGACUAUAUCGAAGAAUCCAAUAACAACAAAUCAAAUAACAACUCAAUCUCAAAUAGAACAAAAAGAACUUCAAACAAAAAAGAAUAAAUUUAAACAGUUUGCAAUUACUGUUGCUGGAGGAAUUGGAAAAGGGCAGGGAUUAAAUCAACUAUAUUGUCCUCAAGGAAUCUUUAUUGAUGAUAAUAAUAAAUCAAUUUAUAUUGCUGAUUCGCAGAAUGAUCGUAUUGUUAAAUUGUACUUGAAUUCAAAUACUCGUCAAAUCAUUGCAGGGGGAAAUGGAAUUGGAAAUAAAAUUAAUCAAUUGUUCAGACCAAUAGAUAUAAUUUUUGAUAAAGAAAAUAAUUCUUUUAUCAUUUCCGAUCUUGGAAACAGACGAGUAAUUCAAUUUUAUGAUCAAAAUCAAGCAAAUCAACAAAUUAUUAUUGCAAAUAUUAAUUGUUGGGGUCUAACAAUUGAUAAAAAUAGAUAUAUUUAUGCUUCUGAUUGUCAGAAUCAUGAAGUAAGAAGAUGGAAACAAGGAGAUAAAAAAGGUGAAUUAGUUGCAGGUGGAAAUCGUCAAGGAAAUCAUCUUAAUCAACUCAAUCAUCCUACUUAUAUCUUUAUUGAUGAAGAUUAUUCUCUUUAUAUAUCGGAUUCAGACAACCAUCGUGUAAUGAAAUGGAAAAAAGGUGCAAAAGAAGGAAUUAUUGUUGCUGGUGGAAAUGGUGAAGGAUAUAGUCUCAAACAAUUAGAUCAUCCUCAAGGAUUAUUUGUCGAUCAUUUGGGUCAAAUCUAUGUGGCUGAUUAUAAUAAUCAUCGAGUAAUGCGUUGGUGUGAAGGAAAUGAAGAAGGUGAAAUUGUUGCUGGUGGAAACGGCGAAGGAAAUCAAUCAAAUCAAUUGAAUUGUCCUAUGGGUUUAUCAUUUGAUAAUGUAGGAAAUCUUUAUGUUGUUGAUCAGUAUAAUCAUCGAAUCCGAAAAUACGAAAAAAUUUGA